GCCACUUGUCUGUGGAGUCGUGGAGCCGCAGUAAAGCUUGAAGUCCGCUGCUGAGCGUCAGUCGGCUCGCUGUUUGGCCCCCAACGUGCUCACCAUGCUGAAAGUGGUGUCCUCUCUCAGGGGCCGGUGUGUUUUAACGGGGCAGUCCGGUCCCCGGUCCGGUUCGGCCAAAUUCCACUUGGCAAGUGGUGCAUUAUGUCAGAAAUCAACCCUCAAGCCCCCUCCCACAGACAUCCCGGAUAUGCCCCCAUGCAAUUUCCAACCAGAGGAAUACACGGGUAUGUCCAAAGAGCGGAUGAUGGAGAUCCGCAGGCAGAACUGCAGCCCCAUGACCAUGAAGGUGACCUACUAUAAGAAGCCAGUGUUCAUCCACCAGGGAUACAUGCAGUGGCUGUGGGAUGUGGACGGGAAGCGAUACCUGGAUCUAUUUGCUGGUGUGGCUACUGUCAGUGUGGGCCACUGCCAUCCGAAAGUAGUAGCGGCUGCAGAGAAGCAGCUGAAGAGACUGUGGCAUACGACACACAUCUACGUCAACCCUACUCUCCAUGAGUACUGUGAGAAACUAGCUUCCUACCUCCCAGAUCCUCUCAAGGUGGUGUAUCUGACCAACAGCGGCUCAGAAGCCAACGACAUGGCCAUGCUGAUGGCUCGACUUCACACAGGAAACUUCGACAUCAUCACUCUCAGGGGCUCGUACCACGGUGGCAGCCCACAGACCAUGGGUCUCACCUCCAACGCAGCUUACAAAUACCCCAUCGCCAACGGUCUGGGCUGCACAAACACCAUGUGUCCCGAUGUGUUCAGAGGUCCGUGGGGAGGAAGCCGCUGCAGGGACUCUCCUGUGCAGACCACCAGAGAGUGUGACUGCGCCCAAGGCCAUUGCAUGGCUAAUGACCAGUACAUCGGACAGCUCAAGGAGACGUUUCACACGAGUGUCCCGAGUCAAGUUGCCGCUUUCUUCGGAGAGCCGAUUCAGGGAGUCGGAGGAGCGGUGCAGUACCCUAAAACCUUCCUGAAGGAGGCUUUCAAACUCGUGAGAGAGAGAGGAGGCAUCUGCAUUGCUGAUGAGGUCCAGACUGGAUUUGGGCGAACAGGAAGCCACUUCUGGGGAUUCCAAGGUCAUGACGUCAUUCCUGAUAUGGUUACAAUGGCGAAGGGCAUUGGUAAUGGAUUCCCAAUGGGAGCCGUUGUGACAACGCCAGAAAUUGCGGCCUCAUUUGCCAAAGGGGUUCACUUCAACACCUUCGGAGGAAAUCCUGUAGCUUGUGCCGUUGCUUCGUCAGUGCUUGAUACGAUCGAAGAAGACGGCGCGCAGCAGAUCAGCCUCGCCGUGGGGACCUAUCUGAUGACGGAGAUGGCAAAACUCAGAGACAAGUACGAGAUCGUCGGCGACGUCCGUGGAAAAGGCCUGCAGAUCGGUGUGGAAAUGGUCAAAGACAAGGCCAGCAGAGACCCGCUGCCCGCGGAGGCAAUGAGCGAGAUCUUCGAGGACAUAAAGGACAUGGGAAUCCUAAUCGGGAAAGGAGGAAUCUACGGACAGACCUUCCGCAUCAAACCACCAAUGUGCAUCACGAUGGAGGACGCAGAUUUCUUCCUGGCCAUUUUUGACAAGUCCAUCCACAACUACAUGGAAAGAAGAUAAAAGUGCGAUACAGGUUAAACCGACCUUCUGAGGGAGACAACACAACUAUGUCUGCCUUUGCAAAGCGAUAAUAAAAUGUUUGAACCCCA